GCAAAAUGUAUUGCCUGCAAUGGCUGAUACCGGUGCUGCUGAUACCGAAGCACUGGAUUCAUCCGAUGUUCCUCGUGGAGCAGGCGGUCUUCAUGUGGUUCUACAUUGUCGGAUUCUUUUUGGAGAGAAGGCCAUGUCACAUUUGCUCUGGAAUCUUCUUCAUCGCCCUCUCACUUCUCUGCUAUUCGGACCCCGAUAGCUGCAUAUUCUGGCCAACGUGUACCAAGAAGCUCAACGGAGAAGUGUGCACCUACGUCUUCCGUGAUCGUCUCUAAAUAUCCUAAAUCUACACAUAUUUUUUUUUCUCUCCAUUUCUCUGAAUAUCUUCCGAUUUGUUACGGGCGUUCCCUCUCUCUCUAGUUUUUCCUCUAUUUUUAUCCAUUUUUCACCCCAAAAAAUCCCAGUUUCUACACAAAUUUUGUACCAAAUCUCCCCAAAAAACUAAAUGUGAUAUUAUUUUUUUUUAGAAAAAUAUGAAGAAAAAUUUC